AUGGACAAGGUCAAGUUCUCACCGUCCUCCCUGCUGAACAUCAGGGGCUUCCUGCACAUGGCCGAGAUCCUCCUGGGCCUGCUCACCUUCAUCGGGGCGGGCGUGGCCCCCAAGGCGCACACCUUCUGGUACUACUCCAUGAUCAUCUGGGCCCUGUGCUUCCUGCUGACGCUGGUCAUCACCAUCAUCGAGCUCUUCCUCAUCCACAAGCUCAUCCUCUUCCUCUGCAUGGACUGGGACGACUUCACCACCGGCAUUGCGUUCAUGGCGGCGCUGACCACCACCACCUGCGCCCUGUGCUACUGCAUCUUCUACGUCUGCCUCAAGUGCCUGUGGGACUGGCUGGUGGCCGUGCUGGCCAUCCUGGUGGCCGUGCUGUACGUCCUGGAGCUGGUGAAGGACAAGCUGGACUCCACGAGGUCGGUGAAGUACCUGGCCGCCCUGCCGGGGAUCUUCAAGAUCCUGGAGGCCUACGUGAGCUGUCUGAUCUUCGUGUCCGUGAUGGGCUACCAGACGGAGGCGGCGCUGAUCUUCUGCCUGGUGGCCUACAUCAUCCCGUUUCCCAUCAUCCCCGUGGUGAUCGCGGUGAACGUGUUCAAGAAGCUACGCGACUGCUUGCCGUUUAACCUCACGCGUGUGGAGUUCCUCAUCCUCGUCCUCUCUGUGUUGCUGUACAUCUUGGCGGCCAUCUUGUGGCCCGUGUACACCCUGCGCAACAACCCUCGGCCCGACGACUGCCCGGCAGGAGGCUGUGCGUGGAGCUUUUAUUUCCUCGUCACGUUAUUUACCUACGUGAACCUGGGCCUCUUCACCGUGGACUUGGUCUUCACGCUCUUGGGGAUAUGUGGCUUCAAACGUUCCUAA